AUGGUAAAACAUUGUCGCUUGUCCCAAAAAGAGCGCCUCCGUGCUGUUUUCAUGGCAGAAAAUGGUAAAAAUUAUAGUAAAAUUGCAACAAUUUUGGGUUCUAUUGCAAGCGGCGUCAGAAAAAUCGUUAAGAAAUAUCAGAAUUCAGGUUCUACAGCAGACAAAGCACGUUCUGAAAGGCCAAAGAAGAAGACGGCUCAUAUCGAUAGGGUGCUGGUCCGCAUGUCACUUCAGGAUAGUCGCAUGACUGCACCACAACUAAGCCGGAGACUGUUGGAGGAACAUGGAGUUAAUUUGGCCUCCAGAAAUGUGCGGAAGAGACUACAAAAAGCCGGAUUGAGAGGAUGUGUGGCAGCAAAGGAACCUUUGCUCUCUGCCGCCUUAUCCGGCGACGGUUAG